AUGGGCUCCACAGACGCUGCAUGUCUGACAUGCCGCAAGAAAUCGCGCCGAUGUGAUCGUGCGCGACCAAAAUGCAAGCGCUGUGUCAGCAAGGGACUCCAAUGCGAGGGCUAUCCUGACAAAUUUCGAUUCUGUGGCAUUGCUAGCCGAGGCAAGUGGAAGAAUCGAGAUGCGCCAAUCCCGGCUCCAAACGCUCCUGUUGAAAGCUCAAGUCAGAGUUCCCCGCGGGCUAAUCAAAAUGAUGUGCGGGUUGAUGAUGAUAGGCCAAGGCAUUCAACUACGGUCUCCAACGCGGCAGGACUAGCCACGCCAGCGCAGAGCCUCACGCCGCGCGACCAGCACGAAAUCGAGAAAGCCUUUGGUGCAGCCGAAGUUAAAACGCUUUUGGCUCAUUACGAUCAAGCCAUCUGUCCACACCAGAUAGCGGAGGCUGAUGGCAGUCACAAUCCAUAUCGGCUCUAUGUGCUCCCCUUGGCUGACGAGCAGAUUGGUCUACUAUAUGCAGUUCUUGGUCUAUCGGCAUGUCAUUUGGGGCGCUUGAAUAAUGACGCACAUCUUUGUGAAUCAGCCGCUGUGGAUUAUCGUCUCAAAGCCAUAUCCGCAUUGGGACAGAAGAUCAACAAGGUUGGCUCGGGGAGCUUUGAUGAGAACGAGCGCGAUGGUGUCUUCGCUACUAUUCAGAUUCUCUUACUUCAUGACAUUUGUGAAUCUGGUAUCUCGUCACAUGGCGCUCAUAUAUCAGGCGCCAUGUCCAUAUGUUCUCAGUUGAAACUUGAUCAAACACUAACAGUCGAGCACAAACGGACUGUGUUUUUCCUUGGGAACCUUGUAUGGUUGGAUAUCAUUCGUGCAUUCUCAACACCGGAGCGGCUUUGUUUCACUCAAGAUCUUCGCAUAAAGUUGCUAUCGCUAUGUGACUUGCGAUUCGAAUCUGUCAAUGGCUGCCCACGAGACUUAGUUCUCAUCAUUGGCGAGAUUCUCGAGCAAGCAAAAGCGCAUUCCAAUGGCAGUCUAGACGCCGCCGAAUUUAAAGAAAACGUGCAAAAUCUAGCUCGGAAUCUCUAUCUCUGGGAUAGCUCCAGAUGCUUUUAUCCCAGCAACGAUUCACUCUGGUUAUCAGUUGCCGAGGCAUUCCGGCACACCUGUAUCCUGCGCACUUGGCGUCUCCUUGACGCUACCGAGUCUGCCGCAGAGUCACGGAUACAGAAAUCCGUCACAGCAAUCCUCGAUUCUCUCGCAAAUAUCCCUGGAAGCAACCAAUUGAUUGAACUCUUGGUUAUGCCUCUAUUUAUGGCGGGCGCUGAUUGUCUUUCGCCGCAUUCACGUCAUUACAUAUUACUGCGAUUGGCAGAAAUCAAAGGCAGGUCUGAAAUGGGUAAUGCGGCACCUCAAAACCUUCUGGAGAAAGUGUGGAAUGCUCGGGCGCAGCAGUCAGAACAUGAUUCAGGUAAUGUGCCUUGGAUGCUCUUUACACACAAUUCCGAAUCCGCACACCAGGAUGAUUAUCUGAUUAUUUGA